AUGACGCCCACAUUCGAAGAAGACAGAUCGCGCAACGCGCUUAAGCUUCUUCACAGGAAGAAUCGUCUCCAGACCGUCUGCUGUGUGGAAUAUCGCAAACGCGAAGCUGCUUCACGCAAGCUCAAUCCAUCAUGCCAAGCCACCCCCAGCAUCAGCCGUAGUCACUGUGACACCACACGCCUCGAGUGCCAAAAGCGAUACACCGUCGGCAACACCCUACGACAUCGCCAGCAGUACAGCAAAGCCUACAAAAUGAGGUGCAGACGGCUGAUAGCGAUGGGCAGCAAAGGUCCGAAGCUAUCCCGAAGCACCGACGUCGUCAACGUUGAUCACUUCGAUUCCCGACCAGCGACCCGCGACAGCACCCUGCAAGACCCGCGCAUGCGCUCUGCUGUGCUUCUCUGCUCGAACGCCGCGUGGAGCACUACGCCGUCGCAUCCAGGCGCGCAUGACGACUCAGCACGCCAGCUUUUCCUUGGCUUCUUCUCUGGCGUGCUCGCGUUGAUGCGCCCGAAUUCCUCUGCGGUAUUCGGUUACUCGGCCUAG